ACUCCCUCCUGCCCCACCUCCCUACUCCUACCCCUUCCUUCCCCUUCCCCUCCUCCCCACACCCGGGUGCAUUCUGGGCAGUGUCUGGGAUCUUACCCCCCAUACUUUGCUCCCCAUUUCCUCAUUUCCUCUGAGCCCCCACCCCUUUAGCCACUUUACCCGCCCUCCCUCCUCUUCCUUUUUCUUCUCUCUCUCUCUCUCUCUCACACACACACACACACACACACACACACACACACACACACACAUUCUCAUUCCCCUCUCGUGGUGGCUGAUUGCCGGGCGUUCCCAAUCUCCCUCCCCCACCCCUUCAGCCAGUUCUUAAAGGAGCAGGCCUGCAAUCUGGGAAGGCGGGAGAAAUGGAGGAAAACUAAAUGUGCAUGUGGCGUGAGUGUGCCUGUGUGUGCGUGUGUGUGCGGGAGCAUGCGGGAGUAUCUGUGUGUGCCUGUGUCUAUGUGUUGACUGUGUAACUGUGUCAGAAGGCCUAUGUGUCUGAGUGUGUUGCUAUUUCUGUUUCUGUCUCCACCUAUGUGUCACCAUUAUGCUGCAUGUGUCUGGAAUAUUUACCUAUGCGGGCCUGUCUGGCCCUGAGGGAGUCCCCUUUCUGAAGCUGUGGUGCUUGGACGACCUGCUCUCUACAUUGCUGGGCACCUGUAGGUGUCCCUCGAGAGCUCAGUUUUGAGGUUCAAGUCAGUGUGGCCAUGAAGGGGCUGCCUAUUGGGCUGAUGCUGUGACCCUGGAGUCUGCCUCUCCUGCCAGUCCCCCUGCCCGGAACAUGUGGCUGCGGCUUGGCCCGCCCUCGCUGUCCCUGAGCCCCAAGCCCACGGUUGGCAGGAGCCUGUGCCUCACCCUGUGGUUCCUCAGUUUGGCGCUGAGGGCCAGUACCCAGGCCCCAGCACCCACAGUCAACACUCACUUUGGGAAGCUAAGGGGUGCCCGAGUACCACUGCCCAGUGAGAUCCUGGGGCCUGUGGACCAAUACCUGGGGGUGCCCUACGCAGCUCCCCCGAUCGGCGAGAAACGUUUCCUGCCCCCUGAACCACCCCCAUCCUGGUCGGGCAUCCGGAACGCCACACACUUUCCCCCAGUGUGCCCCCAGAACAUCCACACAGCUGUGCCCGAAGUCAUGCUGCCGGUCUGGUUCACUGCCAACUUGGAUAUCGUCGCUACUUACAUCCAGGAGCCCAACGAAGACUGUCUCUACCUGAACGUCUAUGUGCCGACGGAGGAUGUAAAGCGGAUUUCCAAGGAAUGCGCCCGAAAGCCCAACAAGAAAAUUUGUAGGAAAGGAGGAUCCGGCGCUAAGAAACAGGGCGAGGACUUAGCGGAUAAUGACGGGGAUGAAGAUGAAGACAUCCGGGACAGUGGUGCUAAACCCGUCAUGGUCUACAUCCACGGAGGCUCUUACAUGGAAGGGACAGGCAACAUGAUUGAUGGCAGCGUCCUCGCCAGUUAUGGCAAUGUCAUCGUCAUCACCCUCAACUAUCGGGUUGGAGUGCUAGGUUUCCUGAGUACUGGAGAUCAGGCUGCCAAGGGCAACUAUGGGCUCCUUGACCAGAUCCAGGCCCUCCGCUGGGUGAGCGAGAAUAUUGCCUUCUUCGGGGGAGACCCCCGCCGGAUCACUGUCUUUGGCUCGGGCAUUGGUGCAUCCUGCGUCAGCCUCCUCACGUUGUCACAUCACUCAGAGGGCCUUUUCCAGAGAGCCAUCAUCCAAAGUGGCUCUGCUCUGUCCAGCUGGGCUGUGAACUACCAACCAGUGAAGUACACCAGCCUGCUGGCAGACAAAGUGGGCUGUAAUGUGCUGGACACCGUGGAUAUGGUGGACUGUCUUCGGCAAAAGAGUGCCAAGGAGCUGGUAGAGCAGGACAUCCAGCCAGCCCGCUACCACGUGGCCUUUGGCCCUGUGAUUGAUGGUGAUGUCAUUCCUGAUGACCCUGAGAUCCUCAUGGAGCAGGGCGAGUUCCUCAACUAUGACAUCAUGCUAGGUGUCAACCAGGGCGAGGGUCUCAAGUUUGUGGAAGGGGUGGUGGACCCUGAGGAUGGUGUCUCUGGCACUGACUUUGACUAUUCCGUCUCCAAUUUUGUGGACAAUCUCUAUGGCUAUCCUGAGGGUAAGGACACCCUGCGAGAGACCAUCAAGUUCAUGUAUACAGACUGGGCAGACCGUGACAACCCUGAGACCCGCCGUAAAACACUGGUGGCACUCUUCACUGACCACCAGUGGGUGGAGCCCUCAGUGGUGACAGCCGAUCUGCAUGCCCGCUACGGCUCGCCUACCUACUUCUACGCCUUCUAUCAUCACUGCCAGAGCCUCAUGAAGCCUGCUUGGUCAGAUGCAGCUCAUGGGGAUGAAGUACCCUAUGUUUUUGGGGUUCCUAUGGUAGGCCCCACUGACCUUUUCCCCUGCAACUUCUCCAAGAAUGAUGUUAUGCUCAGUGCUGUCGUCAUGACCUAUUGGACCAACUUUGCCAAGACUGGGGAUCCCAACAAGCCGGUCCCCCAGGACACCAAGUUCAUUCACACCAAGGCCAACCGCUUUGAGGAAGUGGCCUGGUCCAAAUACAAUCCCCGAGACCAGCUCUACCUUCACAUCGGGCUGAAACCAAGGGUCCGAGAUCAUUACCGGGCCACUAAGGUGGCCUUUUGGAAACAUCUGGUGCCCCACCUAUACAACCUGCAUGACAUGUUCCACUAUACGUCCACCACCACCAAAGUGCCGCCUCCGGAUACCACCCACAGCUCCCACAUCACCCGCAGGCCCAAUGGCAAGACCUGGAGCACCAAGCGGCCAGCCAUCUCACCUGCCUACAGCAACGAGAAUGCCCAGGGGUCCUGGAACGGGGACCAGGAUGCAGGGCCACUCCUGGUGGAGAACCCUCGUGACUACUCCACUGAAUUAAGUGUCACCAUCGCCGUGGGGGCCUCCCUCCUGUUCCUUAACGUUCUGGCCUUCGCUGCCCUCUACUACCGUAAGGACAAACGGCGCCAGGAGCCCCUGCGGCAGCCUAGCCCUCAGCGGGGAGCCGGGGCCCCGGAGUUGGGAGCUGCUCCAGAGGAGGAGCUGGCAGCAUUACAACUGGGCCCCACCCACCACGAGUGUGAGGCCGGUCUCCCCCAUGACACGCUGCGCCUCACUGCAUUGCCCGACUACACCCUGACCCUGCGGCGCUCCCCGGAUGACAUCCCACUCAUGACCCCCAACACCAUCACUAUGAUCCCCAACUCCCUGGUAGGGCUGCAGACAUUGCACCCCUAUAACACCUUUGCCGCAGGGUUCAACAGUACCGGGCUGCCCCACUCACACUCCACUACCCGGGUAUAGCUCCAACUCAGAGCACAGCCAAUCUCCAGGCUCCCUCCCUCCCAGAUCCAGGAACACAUGCACACACACACACACACACGCAGACACACACACACAUAUAUGUAUACGCACGCACCCACACCCUACAGCAGAUCCACCUGCACAAACAUAGACAGAUGUGGACAUGCACCCGCAUGUACAAAAACACAAAUACGGAAGUAAACCUGAACAAACCCUUUAAAUGGGGACGCAGAUGAGUCCUCGGUAAACCGAGAACCCAUGAAACAGCAGCUGAAGCCAGCUCCCUGAAUCUGACCACAGACACUCCUGGGGGGCCUGAAAGCAACAGCUGGACACCCCCUUGGUGCUCGCCUUCGGCCUCUCUUGGAACUGCACCACCGACCAACUCCAGACUUGGGAGCUUUAAAGAGCAGGAUAGCUCUUCCUCCCCAGGACUUGGUCUUUUUUCUGGGUCUUGUUUUGUUGAUUUUUCUUUUUUAAUUUUGGAACAAAUGCUUUUCCAACCCAUGAGUGCUAAGAGCCUCUGGAAGGGAGGGCUUCAGGCCCGAAGGUCUCUCUGGCUCUAGGACCCCCAGUGCUCACACAAUCAGACCAAGGAACAAGACCCCCAGGAAGGAAACAGAUUUAAGCAAGAGCAUGGGGUGGAAGGAGAAAGGGGCUAGCACUGGAUGGAGCUGGAGGGCCGUAGGGGAGAGAUCUCCAACUCUCUCUGUGUCCGUGUGGAGGGCUGCAGAGCCUGCAGGGUGACCUGCUUCCCCAAAGGCCAACAGCAUUGGCCUGGCCAGACCAGGUGACCUUAGAUUUGGUGAACAACGUACUAUGGAAGCCACAUCACUAUUGGGCCCCCAGGUCUGAUCUGGGUUUUGCCUCUGCCCUUGGGGAAAUGCUAUCAGAAAUUCGCCCCAUUUUCUUUACAGUCUUUUGUGUCUGUCAUUUCUCUUUCAAAAAGGCGGUGUUUUUUGUUGUUGUUGGCUUUUUUUUUUUUUUUAAAGAAAAGUUCUUAAAACACUAACGGAAACCCAUGGAGUUUGUCCUUUGUAAAAAUUUUAAACACAGUGUCUUGAUAUAAAAAUAAAAAAUCCAGUUAGCACUCCCAA